AUGCUUUCACCAAAGCCGAAAGCCGAUCCAAGGAGAGUUGUUUGUCAGUGCCAGAGUCAUGGCUGUUACAAAAGCUUCUAUAUCGAUGCCCAUGGAAACUCUCAGCAAGGUGUGGAGGUUCUCCCAGCGACUAAAGAAUCGCAUACCCGUGCCGACUUGCGAUCACAAAUCGAGUCAACAUCUGCAGGAGCAAUUGAACACCAAUCAAGCUCAACUGAAUCACCUUCGGUCGAUCAGACAGACCAGCUUGUCGCACAUCUAACCCGUCUAGGUUUGGGUUCAUCUAGAAACUCGAAAGAGCGAAAUCCUGCGGUGAACACAAUGAAUAGAUCUGUGUCGGCACCCACCCAUCAUCUUUUGCUUAAUCAACCUCAAAACGAUCAAUUGUGUGAACCAUCCACAUCCAAUUCAAAGGAACCGGGACAGAAUAUGGAGGAAACAUCACCAUCAAGCCAUAUACGAUCUGACAUCCCUCCAGUGACUCCCUCGCGCAACAAACCACCAUUUUUAGAUCCUGAUGUAUGCAACGCGGCGGAUUCAGCAAGACAAAAUGGGUUACGGCAAUAUGACACUAAUCGCUUUCACGACUUCACGCUAUCAUCCUUCAAUCCAGUGUGCCUUCACAUUGCACUCACUGCCGUCAUUAUCAAUGUGUUCGAUCACGCGUCAAUGUUAACAUCGGCCUGGUUAAUGGAUAUGAUGCGCAUAUCGGUGGAACUUUUGAUCAUGUAUGGUCUAGUGACAAAAAAGGACGCCACGCCACUCACUCUUGCUGAAAUUCCGAUUUUUCGACGGUUGCCUCGUACCAUUACCACUGCGAUUGGAUGGCUUCAAAUAGACCCUUCACUAAUUUAUAUGAAUUGCUGCAGAAGCUGUUUUGCUCUUUAUUCUCUGGCCAAAACACCGACUUGGUGCAAUUAUCGAAUUCGAAAUGUUCCUGGGGGACCUUCUGAUCCAUCUGAUGCAAAUGUCGAGAUUGCAACUGAAAUUGGAGAGGCCCCAGACGUGCAAGAGGAAGAUCUUAAAGAAGAAACCUGCGGAGAGCCUCUACUACGGUUCUCCCGAGCUGCGACGAUUUUGGUCUAUGACUGA